UCGUGUAUCAAGAGGUAUCUAUCUCAAUUGUGGGCAAGUUGCUCUGAGAUAAAAUAAUGGCAUUCACCAAAGACCUGAAGCGUCUGGUGCUUCCCUACUAUUGGGUCAACCUGAUUCUCACAUUUUCUUACAUGAUUGGCAAGAAAAUCGUCCCUAUUUGCGAUCGCCUCUUCCCUGACAAAGUCGAAUGUGGGGAGCUUGACAUGAGAGAAAGUGAGAUAUUGUUCUUUUUACUUAUCGUUGUUGUGGUGAGAGCAAGAAAGACGGGCAGCAUGUCCAUGGUCAGCUACCUUUCCUCAAGCUUCAUUUACACGAAGGGGGCGAACCUUAUUUUAUGGUUCUAUGCCGACACCAAGUUGGGGAUAGGCUAUGGAGUGCUAUUUAUUUUGGUUGGCUUGAUAUUCCCUGAGCCGGUUUACAAAGGCCCAGAAAAUGUCACCUACUUUAGGGGCAGUGACAUGGAGGAGGAGAUCAAGAGGGAGAAGAAAAUCGUCUGGGUGGUUACUUUCUACACUGCGUGGAACCCCAGUUGUGUCAACUUUGCUCCCAUCUUUGCUGAGAUCUCCAACCAGUAUGGUCUUGAAAAUUUGAGGUUUGCUAAGGUGGACGUUGGUCGAUUCCCUGAAGUGGCCCGACGCUUCAGAAUCGAUGACUCUUCCCUCAGUAGACAGCUGCCUACCGUUCUUCUUUUCAAGGACGGCAAAGAGCACAUCAGGCGGCCCGACAUAGACGCUACCAACAAACUCCAUAAAUUUUACUUUUCUGAAGACAAUGUUAAAGCUGCCUUUGAUCUGAACAAUAUCUACAACGAGUGUAAAAAUAAUCCACUUAAAUCUCCAAAGAAAAGCAAAAAGGACAGCUCUGAGGAGCACAUCAAGUCUGAGUAAAAGUAAACUUAUGAUAGAUGUAUUUCUGCUAUGGAGGAAAUGUCUAUAGUCAUCAGUUUCUAUGUAGAAAAAUUCUUGUUUCAGUUUGUUACUGCUGCCAAAUUUAUGUUAGUUGUUUCUGCCUGUGCUGUUUUUGAAACAAUAAUUUGUCCCUGAAAGUUGAAUCACGUUACCCGCACAUGUUUAGGUGACUAGAAAUGCGUUGCAUUUUGAUAGACCAGUAUCAAUGAAAAGCUAAACGGUCAUCAUUAUGUUUGAAGUCACACGCAUGAAGUAUUGUUGUUUAGAGUCAUUAGUGCCCAUGUCUGCUAUAUCCAUUUUUGGACUAGCGUAAUUUGAAACUCGCUAUUGGAAUUCUGAUCACAUUAACCCAAAUGUAAAUGAUUGUUCUAUAUCAAAGUUGCGCCUCACUAAAUAAAAAUAGCGGACAUUAAUCAUCUUAAGUGAUUUAUGAGCACAAUUUUGAUGGAUUAUAAGGUGUUUCAUUGAUAUUAAUCGCACUUUUGUUACAUAAUAAAAUUUUCAUGACUGUUGAA